AUGGCUGUAUCAACAACAAUUAUCUUCAUCCCUGGUGCGUGGCACAACCCUCAUUGUUUCGCCAAAGUGACUCAACGGCUGGAAGCCGACGGUUACAACACAGACGUCGUUCACUUGCCCUCUGUUGGUCCUAACAAGCCACAUUCCGAUUUCUUGGAAGAUGUCCUUCAGAUCAGGGAACAGAUCGAGAGUGCUGUCAAAGCUGGCCAACGAGUGGUGGUCGUGAUGCACUCGUACGGUGGGCUUCCAGGCUGCGAGGCAAUUCGUGGCUUAGACUGGGCAUCUCGACAGCGCCAGGGUCAACCAGGGGGUGUCGUUCAUCUCUUCUUUUGCUGUUCGUUUAUCGUUCCGGAGGGGAAAUCAUUGAUUAGUUCUUUUGGCGGCGAUGAUCUCCCUUGGUUCCAAGUCUCGGACGAUGGAUUGCUUGUGACACCGGCUACCCCCAGAGAAACAUUCUACAACGACAUGAAUGAAGUUGAUGCAAAAAGGGCUGUCGAAGCACUAAAACCGCAUAGUUACCAGACUUUUCAUAGCAACAUUACCUUCGCGGCUUGGAAGCAUGUUCCGUCCACGUACCUCUAUUGUUUGAGGGACGAGGCCAUCCCACUCUCAGUGCAGAAAACGAUGGUGGAGGAGGUUGCUAAAGGGAUCCAGAUUCAAACUCACCUUGUGGAUGCAUCUCACAGUCCUUUUUAUACAGCGCCAGACCAUGUGGCAGUUGCCAUCAAGGCCGCUACUCAGUGA